CGAAGAAAGCUCACUGUAAUUCCACCAGAAACAGAAGGGUAUUCUGUCAGAGCUCUUAAAGCUGUGUCAGGAGCAGGCAAAGCCAUUUUUUACAUAGUGCCACUUCAGGAGACAUUAGACACAUCUCCUCUGCCUCCUGACUUACAUCACUUUUCAAAGAUGCCAAAGAAGACAUGUUACCAGUGUCAUGAAGUGAUGCCUUUGCAAAUGCUUGCAGUACAUGUCAGGACAUGCAAGGGCAAAUUGCGUUCUGAUGAGACUGAUAAUGAGGACUUUGAGUUAUGCAUUGUGGAGAGCAAGUGCAAGGUGGUUUGUCCAAUUUGCACCAAUGAAUUUCCAGAAGAUGAGAUCGCCAUCCAUGCUAGUCUGUGUGGAGAUAGCACUGAAAGUACAAUGAGUGCAGGACAUAACAGUUCAUGCGCACCUACUCAAAGGCCAGUAUGGACACCAGAGAGCACUAUUGGUGAGAUAAUGGCAGUCAGCCUCGCUCAAGGUGGACCAGCUCCUGCUUUUUUGAAAGAAUGGUGCUACAAUUUCCUCUGCACAGGAGAGGUGGACUUAAGUCGUCUUUCUAAGGAUGAUGUGGCUGAUUUAGAGUCUUCUUUACUCAUCAGCAGGGUUGAAGAUGCUGCAGAUGCACAGUCUCUUAUGUUGUGGGUUGAUGAAAUUGUGAGCUGUGGAUACACUAGCCAAAUAAAGCUGGACAGUAAAGAAAGCAUCAUUCGUGCUAUUGUUUUACACUCUACGACAAGACUAAUUCCAAUGCUGCAACAACUUAGAAAGGGCCUGGAACUCUAUGGUCUGGUGAAUCAGAUGGCUGCAAACCCAGAAGCUUGUCACUCUCUGUUUGUUCCUGGAAAGAUAAUUAAACCCGAUGCUGAUUUUAUGAUGAUGACCUGCCAACCAGAUUUCAGUAAAAAGGGGUCAUCUAGGGAGAGAACUGAGAGGAGCAUCAUUAACUACCUUCAAGAUUUCUUGCAUGAGCUUGAAAUACCAGAUGGUGAGAGAGACAGUGCAACUGGUGUAGAGUCAGAGCCUCUUGAAGUCCAGAAUGUUCUCCAGUGGAUUACUGGGCAGUCUCACAUGCCCAUCCUGCCUAAUGAAAAAAAUAAUUUUAAAAUAAAUUACAAGUUUGAUCAUGAAUGCAAGGAGCGACUAGGGGAUCACUCUAUUUGUUACCCAACUGUGAGUGUGUGCACACGUACUGUGACUUUUCCAGUACAGCAUCUAAAAACUUACACAGAGUUUAAAAAAAUCAUAUGUGAAGCAGUUAGAUAUGGAGGUGGAUUCUACAGAGUUUAA